AUGAGUCACUUAAUGUCGUUACCCAUCGUGCUUCUGAAGGAGGGCACGGACAAGGCCCAGGGGAAGAGCCAAAUAAUUCGGAACAUAAACGCAUGCCAGAUUAUCGUGGACAUAAUAAAGACGACCCUUGGACCCCGGGGCAUGGACAAGCUUAUAUACACAGACAAAGAUGUGACAAUAACAAAUGAUGGUGCGACUGUGAUGAAUCUCCUGAACAUUUCUCACCCCGCAGCUUGCAUCCUAGUGGAUAUUGCCAAAUCACAAGAUGAAGAAGUAGGAGAUGGAACGACCUCCGUUGUUGUAGUAGCAGGAGAGUUAUUAAAUGAAGCGAAACAAUUAAUAAACGAUGGUAUAGAACCCAAUAUGAUAAUUGAUGGGUUCAGAAAUGCAUGCACGGUAGCUAUAAACAAAUUGAAUGACUUGAGUCUUAGGUUCGUAAGCAAAAGUGAAGAGGAAAAAAAAGAAAUCCUAAUUAAGUGUGCACAGACGGCAUUAAAUUCAAAGCUGGUUUCAAAUCACAAAGCCUUCUUUAGUGAACUUGUAGUCAAUGCUGUAUACAAACUAGGAGAGUACAUGGACAAAUCUAAUAUUGGUAUUAAGAAGGUGACAGGUGGUUCUUGCCUAGAUACACAACUCAUUUACGGAGUGGCUUUUAAAAAAACUUUCUCUUAUGCAGGAUUUGAACAACAACCCAAAAUAUUUUUGAACCCAAAAAUACUACUCCUAAAUGUAGAGCUAGAAUUAAAAGCAGAAAAGGAAAAUGCAGAAGUCAGGAUUGAUAACCCAAAUGAUUAUAAUUCCAUUGUACAGGCAGAAUGGGAAAUCAUUUUUAAAAAAUUGAAUUUAAUAAAAGAAAGUGGAGCAAAUAUUGUGUUGUCACGGCUACCCAUUGGAGAUAUAGCCACUCAGUUUUUUGCAGAUCACGAUAUUUUUUGUGCAGGCAGAGUGGAAGAUGCAGAUUUAAAAAGAACUGCAAGUGCAACAGGUGCCAUCAUACAAACAUCCCUCUUCAACUUGAAUGAAAGUAUAUUAGGUACCUGUGGUGUCUUUGAAGAAAUACAAAUUGGUAAUGAAAGAUAUAACAUAUUUAAAGAAUGUUUGAAGACCAAGUCAGUCACCAUUAUCCUCAGAGGAGGUGCGAAUCAAUUCAUUGAAGAGGUAGAGAGAUCGAUCAAUGACGCCAUUAUGAUUGUACUCAGAUGUAUCGGCAAUUCUGAAAUUGUUCCUGGAGCAGGAUCUAUUGAAAUGCAAUUAUCCAAGCACCUUAGAAUUUAUAGUAGAUCCAUUUGCAACAAGGAGCAAAUCGUUUUGUACUCUUUUGCCAAGGCUCUUGAAUCCAUUCCUAGACACCUCUCUCACAAUGCAGGUUAUGACUCAACAGACAUUUUAAAUAAACUCAGGAAAAAACACUCUGAGGAGACCAGCGAUAUUUGGUAUGGAGUGGACUGCCAGGAGGGAGACAUCAUCAAUGCGUAUGAACAUUGCAUUUUUGAAGUCACCAAAAUUAAGAGGAAUGUAAUUUACAGCGCCACUGAGGCUGCCUGCCUCAUCCUCUCCAUCGACGAGACGAUAAAGAACCCCGCCAGCAACGCAGACAAGGGCCCGCGAAACCCAUACGCAUGA